AUGGAGCUUGUGAGCUGCUGCUUUGCAUCCAAAGGGGAAAUUGCAAAGGCGAAGAAUGCACGGUGCACAUUUGUGGAGAGAUGCACUGGGAACGCUGAAGUUCGUAAUAGCUAAGAAGGCAACCUACCAAACUGUGGGCUGUUCAAGAUGAAAGCUUCAUCAGAAGCAUAACAUCAACUGAACUUGUAAGUUUUUCCCGCCUUUUUAUUCCUUCCUAGAUCAGUUGGAUAUUUUUCAGGAGUAAAGAAGGAUAGGAAGAGGAGCAUAAUGGGCUGCACUCCUUCACAUAGUGAUAUUGCUAACCAUAAUGUGACCCAUGGAAUCAAGUCACUGAACAGGGGUAUCCUGCCAGUUGAUCCAGAGGGUGAAGGUUCCCAGCUCCCAAUGCUAAUCAAAUGCUCCUCUUCAUAUGAUCUUGAGGAGUUGUGCCAGGGAGAGACUCAAAAUAAAGAUCACUUCUUUGAAAAUUCAUCAGAUGAGGACAAAAAUGUUAAUUUCCGCUCCUCCUCUGAGGAUCCUUCUCUGCCUGAGAUUGACCAGGAAGAGAAGGAAAUGGAAAGGGUAAUCUCAGAGACUGAGAUAGCCAUAUCUGAACUGACGGUGUCUCCCACCCAUAUGGUUGAGGAUAUUAAGGUCAAAAAGCAAAACUCUUCUGCAUCGGAAGAAAUUGGCUUUGCUUUGGAAGACAACGAUGCAAACAGUGAAAAGCAAAAUCCAAAGAAAGGGAAAAAGCAAAAGAGCAGCAGGCAGAGAAAACAAGGCCGUCAUUGCAAAAUUAAAGAAAAACCCAACCCACCCGAAUGCAAGGCAGAGGAGAAGGUGGAUUUCCCAGAGUUGCUUGUUAAAGCCCAUCAAAAUGCUUAUGCAUAUUUAAACCCCAACCUCUCCAAAUACGAGGUUAUCUUGUGCAUGGCCAACCAGGCCACAGAAACACAACUAAUUAUGCAGCAGAUGGUGAGCUUUUUACUUCUUCGUUUUGAUGAAAUCAACCAUCUUUUGGGAGAAAUUGCCCAAGAUGGAGAAGGCCUACUAAGAGAUGUGGGAGGGAAUCUUGCUUGGCCAGCUGGCAAAGGGAACCUGAAAGAACAACCAGAUCUCUUGCAGCAGUUACUACAGUACACAGUCAAUAAGAUGCAGCUGUUAAAUGGCACUGUGGCCUCUUUAACAUCUGAUGCCCUGCAGGAGUCCUGUAGCUUUCUACAGUCUGCAGGUAGCAGCUUGGAGGAAAAACUGAAAGCAAAACAAGCUUUUGAUGAGCGCUUGCUCAGGACAAUAAAACUCCUUGAAGCAUCUGCAGUCAAACCCUCUCACUCUCAUCCUGAUGAUAUGACUCUUUAUUCUGAAGACAGUGGGAUUGGGAUUGACAGCGAAUCGGUCAAAGACCUGAACCUUCUUGAUAAACAGGGAAUACAAAAAAAUUGUGAUUCUUCUUCACAUGACCACCCAUCCUUAAAUCCAGCCAGGCCAUCAGGUGAAAUCCAGUGGUCAUGCACUUCACUACAUGCCACAGGCAGAUCCCACGACUGUGCCCUGGAAAGACAAUUUAAGGAUAUAUUUUACCCACCUGCACCCACCAAGGGUGUAAUGCCUUCUUCAGCUGUAGCUCCAGGAAGCACUGUUCUGCAAUAUCAAAACAUCUCCAAAACCUCUUCUCCUAACUCUAUGAAUUGUGGCGUCAUUCAUGAGGGCGGUUGUUUCAAAGACUGUGAAUCAACUGCAAAUGAAGACAGUGAUGAUAGUAGCUUUUCUGAAGAAGGUGACAAUUUAAGUCUGUCUGAAAAGGGAACUAAAGAACAGCCCACAUCUUCGCCUGCAGCAACCUACAGUAAACGGAGGCCUUCCACCAAACGGAUAGAGAGCCCAGAGAAUGAGGAAAUUACACUCAAGAUGAAAGAUGCCAUUAGUGAAAAGAUCAAGUUUGUCCCUGCUAAAUCUGGGAAGAGGGAUUGGGUGGAAGAUGAAAAUGGGAAGAUGCUGCGGCGGCCUAGCACAGCAGCUGGAAGCCAGAAGGCACCAGUUAAAAAGAAAAGGUCUAGGUCAGAGGAGUCUCUGAAAAGUCACGCCGAGGACCCAACCCUUUUAGAACUUCAAAGGACUCAGAAGGGGCUUGACAAAAGGCUGGAAAUAUUUUACACACUUAAUGGAAACAAGGAUCUAAACGAUAAGACAGCAUCACUGAACCCCAAAGAGCCAUCUAACUUGCAAGAUUCUGAGCAUGUUAUUCAUAGAUCUUCCACUAAGAAACUGAAAGCAUCUCUUGCUAAAAACUUCAGCAUAUUGCCUAAUCAAGAUAAAGUCCCUUUGUUUAGGCGUGAUCAAAAUGCUAUCAGCCAACAGACUGGUGAAAGGAAAUGUCGAAAGCCUGUCACAAGCACCACACCCCCAAUGGAUUCAACAUCUAAGAAAGAAAAUGAGCUUCCUGGAACACAGAAGCUGAACAGUGUUGGUUGUGCUCCACCCCGCAAAUCUGUAAAGAAGUUAAUUGAAACAUUCAGCACCGCUGAAAGUCUUGUGAAACCUCCAAGUUUAAGAAUUUUGGGCCCAAUAAAAUGCGUCAGAAAGUUUGGACUUCCAAGCAUCACUCCCAGUCUCCCACUUCCUAGAGGACUUGCGCCUUUAAAUCACAAACACAGAGUUUCACCAAUAGGAGACAUAAAUUGUCGAAACAUCAAUCCAGCACACUGUACCUUGGGUACCACUGGGUCGCCUGUAUUUGCAAGCGGAAGUGGCACAAAUGGGGAUUCUGAUGAUGAUGGCGAUGACAGUGAUGACAUGGAAGACCUGCCCCCCCCACCUCCUGACAUGUUGAUGGACAUCUCACCUGAUUCAGCUACAUAUCCAAAAGAUGCAACAACAGGAGAAAACUAUUCAGAAAUUGCUAAAACAAAUGAGCAUUUCACCGCUAAAAAAGUUACUCACAUUUCUCAGCGAAUGAAAGCUUCUCUGUGUUCCAUUGACUUGUUACCGAGUAAGAAUCUGAACAGUCCCAGUCUCAUUACUAACAAAGCAACAAAAAGCGCUAGGGUGGACUUCAGACCAAGAAAAUAUUCCCUGGAGUUGAAUUCCAGCUAUGUGUCUGAUAACAACCAAGACAUGUCAUCAGCAUCCCCAGAGGAACAUGAAGUGGAAGAAACUACAGAUCUGUAUAAGCAGACAUGUAAGCUCAUACCUCUUCAAAAUCCUAAAGAAAUGCCAGAACAGGAUGCACCUGAGCCAGGAAAUAAAGACUGUAGCACACCUUCAGCUUCAGCUCAAAAGCGAAGCUCUCCUGAUUCACCCAGUGGAAGUGAGAAGAUGACUGCCUUUACCAAACGGGUGUCCCCCGCAAGAACACCACCUUCAUCACCCCCCAGUGAGAAAAGGCUCCCAAGCCCACCACUACAUCACAGGCACAUAAACCAAGCUUCUUCCCCCACUACCCACCGGCAGCCAAGCCCCCCUGCUAAUCCCAGGGCAUCAAGCUCUCCAACACAAAGGAAGCAGCCUUCCCCACCAACCCAACAAAACCUGUCUAGCCCACCAUUGGGACGCAAGCAGCAGAGCCCACCAACCUACCGGAAAGUGUCCAGCCCACCAGCACUCCGCAGAGAAGCAAGCCCACCUCCUUUCUCAACAACCCCAUCCCCACCAACUUCCCCAUCUUGGUUGCACAAAGGAUUACGAAAUCACCUGGACUCUGGGAAUGAGCAGCAGACUCCCAUCCUGAAGAUUGUCAGCAAUACACGCUCAAUAUUUUGUCCAGCCACUUCCUCGUUAUUUGAAGCCAAGCCGGUGUUGCCACCUAACAGCUCCACAACAGAGGCUACGGCGGACCAUCCCGAAGGGUCAGCAUUUGCGCAGAGGAACAGCAAACAUCUCAGGCAAUGUGGGGAUCAACAGAGGAGGUUGUCCCUCAGUGCUGCCAAUCCCCAACCUUUUGUACGGAGGAGUUCCUCUGAUCGCAGGCCAGGAUUUCAGCGUCCCCUACCAUUCUUUGCCACAUCUGGUAGUGAACCUGUGCUAAUUCAAACAAGGUAAGAGUCAGUAUUUUCAAAGCCUUUAAGUUGCAUUUAGAUGUAUAGUUAGCCUUAUAGUCCAGGCAAGUAACUUCGUUGCACCGAUAUCUGUCACUAAUAUCUCUUUCCUACGAGUAGGAUUUGUAUGAGGAAUAAGUAAAAAUAAAAAACCUGUUCCCUUGUGUGUUUUUUUUAAAAUGAUAUUUAUUAAAAUUUCAGAGAAAAAAAGAAUUACACAAAAACAAAAAGUAAAAAUACCAGAAAAAUACAAAAUACAGAAUAAAAGAAUAAAAGACACUUAAAAAGAAAAGAAAAAAGAAAAUGGGUCAAUCUUUCCAUAGCUUACAUUCAUAUCCUUGUUUCCCUGACCUCCUCAUACCUCCUUUUUUUGUAUUCCAGUUCAAUUAGUUAAGUCAGCAAUUUCUUUCCCUCUUUGUUUUCUCAUGAUCCUUUAACUUAAUAUACUAUAACUUUAAAUUUUCAUCUGUUAUCAAUCCUUUUUUACAUACACCUUUAUAGCAUUACUGCUUAAACCACCUAGCUUCAUUCCAACAUCAUUCUAACAUUCAUUAAUUUUGCAAUAUUUCUGUAAAUAGUCUUUAAAUUUCUUCCAAUCUUCUUCCACCGACUCUUCUCCCUGGUCUCGGAUUCUGCCAGUCAUUUCCGCCAAUUCCAUGUAGUCCAUCACCUUCAUCUGCCAUUCUUCCAGAGUGGGUAGGUCUUGUGUCUUCCAAUACUUUGCAAUAAGUAUUCUUGCUGCUGUUGUGGCAUACAUAAAGAAAGUUCUGUCCUUCUUUGGCACCAUUUGGCCGACCAUGCCCAGGAGAAAGGCCUCUGGUUUCUUCAGAAAGGUAUAUUUAAAUACCCUUUUCAUUUCAUUAUAAAUCAUCUCCCAGAAAGCCUUAAUCCUUGGGCACGUCCACCAACGGUGAAAGAAUGUACCUUCGGUUUCUUUACAUUUCCAACAUUUAUUAUCGGGCAAAUGAUAGAUUUUUGCAAGCUUGACUGGUGUCAUGUACCACCUGUAUAUCAUUUUCAUAAUAUUCUCUCUUAAGGCAUUACAUGCCGUAAACUUCAUACCUGUGGUCCAUAACUGUUCCCAGUCAGCCAUCAUUAUGUUAUGUCCAACAUCUUGUGCCCAUUUAAUCAUAGCAGAUUUCACCGUUUCAUCCUGAGUAUUCCAUUUCAACAGCAAGUUAUACAUCUUUGACAAAAUCUUAGUUUUGGGUUCUAACAGUUCUGUUUCCAAUUUUGAUUUUUCCACCUGGAAGCCAAUUUUCUUGUCCAAAUUAUAUGCCUCCAUUAUCUGAUAAUAAUGAAGCCAGUCUCGCACUUUGUUUUUUAAUUUCUCAAAACUCUGCAAUUUCAGUCUAUCUCCAUCUUGUUCCAAAAUUUCCCAAUAUUUCGGCCAUUUGACCUCCAUAUUGAGCUUUUUCAGAGCUUUCGCUUCCAUCGGUGACAGCUACCUUGGGGUUUUAUUUUCCAAUAAGUCCUUGUAUCUUAUCCAAACAUUAAACAAUGCUUUCCUGACAAUAUGGUUUUUAAAUGCUUUCCUGACAAUAUGGUUUUAAAUUUUAAAAAACCUGUUCCCUUGUGUUACGUCUGCACAUGGGUUUUGAAAAUGCACAGUGAAGUGAAGCAAAUCCUUCCCCGAUUCCUCUCUUGCCCAUAUUUGCCCAUAUGACAGCUAAGGAACCACUCCAACAUCAGCACCACCAGCCAUGCUGCCAACUUGACUGGCUUUCCAUGUAGUACUAUCAUGAGAGUCCAUGCUGGGCGUGGGUGUGGGAAAUCCCUGCUCACCUGUGACACCUAAGUGCCCUUAUGCCUCAGAUAUCUUAUUUCACAAAGUUACAGUGAAGCUAUCAGGCUCUCUGAACUCUCCAGUGUUUCAGACAGGGGUUUCUCCCAGCCCCACCUGGAGAUGCCAGGGAUGGAACCUGGGACUUUCUGCCCAGGUGCUCUGCCACUGAAUGGCGACCCUUUCCCACCCUGCAAAGCGUAGGAUACUGAUGUAAGAAAUGCAUGAUAGGCUACUUUUCACACUGCAGUUUAAAAGCCUAUGUGCCUUUCCAUGAGUUACCUACUGCAAUGACUCGUUUACAGAACUAGCUCAUAGCAUGAAGUAUGAGGAUUCAGAAGCAUCCUUCAGUUUUCAGUUGUGUCCUGGAGACAGCUUCAUACACUGGGCGUUUUGACAGAACAUCAUCAUCAUUAUUAUUAUUAUUAUUGUUGUUGUUGUUGUUGUUGUUGUUGUUGUUGUUGUUAUAUUUCUUACUUGCCCUUCACCCUAAGAUUCCAGGGCAGGUUACAACAAUUUAAAAAUACAAUGUCAUCAGCAUAAUUUAUUACGGUCAAAGACCAGCUCGAAAAGCACAACUGGGACAGCUUUCACAAGAAUAAAAUAUACAUUUAAAGCAGUGUACAACAACAGCUUAACGAUUAAAAUCUAAGAUAAGCGCAUAAACACAUAAAGACCUAAAAAUGUGGGCUACCAUACAAAUUGGCCCUGACACCCUGGAGGCCGACUUCGGCUGUUUUCCUAGCGAACUAAUUUAUUUCUGAGGGGUGAUCUGCACCUGCAAAUCUGCACACAGAAUCUGGCAACCAUAAAUACAAUGUUAAAAAAAAAAGUUUUAAAAACUUACAUGUAUCGGCCAGGGAUAUAGGAAGCUGUCCUAUACUGAGUGAGACCAUUGGUCCAUCUAGCUGAGCAUGACUGAGCAUGGGAUUUCAGAAAGGAGAUACUUCCAAACCACCAAAUUUAGGGCCUUUUGCACUGAGGCCUUCCUGGUGGGAAGAAUUUUACCACAACUGCAUACCAAAUGAUAGAUUUUCCCCCCCUCACCACUUGACAGGACGGUACAUUCUGUUUCUCAGGUGGUUAUGAACACGCCAUGGUACAUUGCAACUUGGGAACAGUUUGAGACAUUUGUCCAACAUUUCUCAGGUUUUAACUUGACGUUACAGGAUCCGUAUCAUCAUUUGCCUUUCCUGGAAUAAUUUUAUUUUCCUUGCAUUACAAAGAAAAGAGAAAGAAGUGGAAUGGGACUGUUGCUUUCCUGUCCUGUAACAUUAAGCCUUCUGCGAGAGUCCAGUUAAGCCCUCAAACCAGCAGAGAUUGCAGUCCUGCUGAUUUACCACAGGAAUAUGUAUUCUGGGAAGAAAAAGAAGCUAUCCGAGCACCUCUGAUCUUCUAAUCCCUUGUUUUGUUUCUGUGUUUAACCAGCUCUCUUCAACCUUGGGUUCAGUCUUUCAACUUGUAAACAAAACAAUAAAGAGGCAAAAGAGGGCCUGGGGGUUGUUAUCCCAGAAUAACUGAUUAUGUAAACGCAGGCCCAGGAUCAGUUUCCAAUGAAGCGUUUGCUCUUUCCCUUUACUCUGGGCUCUCUCUUGAGAGAGAUGUGUCACUGGCCCCAAUUAGAGAGCUCUGGCGUCUGUUGUAGCUUCAUAAGUACCAGGGGAAUGGCCUGUCGGUGUUUUCAGCUAUGGGAACCAGAAACCAUCUGCUCACGUAAUAGGAGGGGGUUAGGGAGUUACUUUGCUCUUAUGAGGCUGGCCUUUUACUGGAAUUUAGCUGAGGGGCACGUUUUCACAGCACGGAUGCUCUGCUCGUACAAAUCCCGCUAAUCCAUAAUAGGAUUUGUGCAUGUGUAAUAGGAAAAAAAAGUUUAUUUUAGUCCAGUGAUGGCUAUCAGAUUAAAGGCCUUUCCAUGGGGUAACAGCUGGGAGAGGAGCUUUGAACAAAUACUGUUCAAAUAUUCCACUUAACUCAGGGCCACAAAGCUGGUUUAAUGACUCAGACCCCAAGCAAAGCCUUGGGUCAUCUUUCCAGAUACAGGGUAAAUUUGUAUUGGAUCAGGACCUCAUCAGGAUAUUAUUCUUACUCUUCUUUUAAGGGUGUAAGACAGCAACCCACUGAACUCCCUGGUACUUACGUGUGAGUAGGCAUGUGUAGGAUUGUAAGGUGUAUGAAACACUCCACAUUAUUUUUCCAUUAAUGGUGCCUUGGCUCAUAACAUACACAGAAAUAGAGGACAAAAUUUAAAAGAGGAUAAGAUCAAGGACACACACAAAAUCCAGGUACAGAUUUCGUAUAUUCAAGUACUUAAAUCUAACUCUCUGUUGUUAAACGCCACCCCAAACUCUGAAAGGUACAAGAUUCCACGGUUUCCUGACAUGUUUAACACAGGGUCUGUGUUUCCUUUUGGAAAAUGAGGCACAGGUAUCUUUAUGAUAUAUGGUUUAUUUGCACAAAUAUACAUCCUGAGCCUACAAUGGAGGGGUUCACAGCAUCAGUACCCCCAAGAGGUUCUGGCUGCUCCAAUAGCCACAGCAGCCUUGGAUUUAAGCUGACCCCAACCAUUGCUCUCAAAUGUGCUCUCUGCCCCUCUCCCCAGCCUGCUGCGCUUUACAGACGGCCAUUAUUUUCUCUUAUCACUGCAAUCCUAAACUCUACUCUGCUUUAUCUUUGCUAGCUAUCUCAGAACUCAAGGAGGGGCUCCACCUAUUUGCCAGUUUGCACAGUCUUUAUUUUCUGUUAAUGGCCCACCUCUUAUGUAAUACAGACUCGUAGAACUGUCUGGUAGCCCAUUUUAACACUCUAAGCAAUGAUUAAAUUCUAACACCUAUCAGACCCAGGAAUUUAGGGGAAACUGGCACCCGCAAACCCUGGCCACCCACAACUCAUAACAAUAUGUAUAUUGGUGCUCUUUCAUUAAAUGCAUUUGUACCAAAUCAUGUUAUCUUUUAUUGUUUGAACAUGAAAUAUUGAUGCAGAUAGCACAAUCUAUUUUUUACCUUGUCCAGCAAUUACUUAAUUUAUGGGAAGUAGUCAGAUAUAUGUUACAUUAUAUACUCGUGCCAUCAGUGUGAGAAGCACUACAGACAGGUCCUUUACCCAGAGGUGCUUCCUGGGGCUUAUGGGAGAUGUAGUCCAAAACAUCUGGAGAGUGCCAGGUUGGUAAAGUCUGUGAUAAAACAUAUACCUAUGAAGAAACACACGUGAAUGUGAAUUUCAUGUGAAUAUUCAGCAUUCUGAAAAUCGUAGCUUUCAUAGUUAUGAAACCAUGUGCACAUUUGCUUAAUUUUUAUAAUUAUUACUGGUAUUAUUUUUUAAAUUUAUAUACUUUCCUUCACAACAUAAAAAUACAAAUAAAUAAACACAAAAUACACAAUAAAACAAAAAUUAAAACAAACCAAUAGUCCUCCUCGCUUUAAUUUUUUUAUUUGCAUACUUUACACAGAUGACAGAAGUGUACUUUUCUUGAUGCAGAAUUUGGGUUACCUUUGAUGACUUGUGCUAAUAAUUCUUAGCUCCCAAAUGGUGAUAGAUUUUUAUGUAAUGGAGCUUCAUUUUGGUAUGAGGCAAUUAGAAUUCAAAACUGGAUUGUACAGAAUAAUAAACACCUAAAUAGCUGCUGAUGGUGUUCUAUCAUGAGUUUACAUGUUAUAUUCAUUCUUUCGCUUUUAAAAGGUCAUACGUCAUUAGCCUUUGGUCUUAAACGUCUUCUUUUUUUGCAGAAUGGAAGAGAGCCAUAGGAAAGAGGUGGACUCUUGGAACAGUCCAUGUUCUUCUGAGGGCAGAAAAGCAGGCAAGUCAUCUUCCCACCCUGAACUCUACAUUGUGGGUCAAGGACUCCAGAAGGACUGA